GGCGCUGCUGGGACGGGGGGAAGGAGAAGCUUCUUCCUCCUGCUGUUCCUCUCGUUCCCGGGAUCGGCGGCGGCGGUGGCUGCGAGUGACUCGGCAGCGUCUCCGGCUCCGCGUGCGAACCAUGCUGACCGAUGGCGGAGGCGGCGGCACCUCCUUUGAGGAGGAUCUGGACUCGGUGGCUCCGCGAUCCGCCCCAGCCGGGGCCUCGGAGCCGCCUCCGCCGGGAGGGGUCGGGCUGGGGAUUCGCACCGUGAGACUCUUUGGGGAGGCCGGGCCCGCGCCGGGAGUCGGUGGCGGCGGCAGCGGUGCGGCCGGAGGGGACGCGACGCUGGAUUUCAAGUUGGCGGCUGCCGUGCUGAGGACCGGGGGUGGAGGUGGUGCCUCUGGCAGCGACGAGGACGAGGUGUCCGAGGUCGAAUCAUUUAUUUUGGAUCAAGAAGAUCUGGAUAACCCAGUACUUAAAACAACAUCAGAGAUAUUCUUAUCAAGUACUGCAGAAGGAGCAGACUUACGUACUGUGGAUCCAGAGACACAGGCACGAUUAGAAGCAUUGCUGGAAGCAGCAGGAAUUGGCAAAUUGUCAACUGCUGAUGGUAAAGCUUUUGCAGAUCCUGAGGUACUCCGGAGACUGACCUCCUCAGUAAGUUGUGCAUUAGACGAAGCUGCUGCUGCACUGACACGGAUGAGAGCAGAAAACAGCCACAAUGCAGGACAAGUAGACACUCGUAGUCUGGCAGAAGCUUGUUCAGAUGGGGAUGUGAAUGCUGUUCGUAAAUUGCUAGAUGAAGGCAGAAGUGUAAAUGAACAUACAGAAGAAGGAGAAAGCCUGCUGUGUCUGGCUUGUUCAGCAGGGUAUUAUGAAUUAGCACAAGUAUUGCUUGCUAUGCAUGCUAAUGUUGAAGAUAGAGGGAAUAAAGGAGACAUAACUCCCCUAAUGGCAGCAUCCAGUGGAGGUUAUUUAGAUAUUGUGAAAUUAUUACUUCUUCAUGAUGCAGAUGUCAACUCCCAGUCAGCAACAGGAAAUACUGCACUAACAUAUGCCUGUGCUGGAGGAUUUGUUGACAUUGUGAAAGUGCUACUUAAUGAAGGUGCAAAUAUAGAAGAUCAUAAUGAAAAUGGACAUACCCCCUUAAUGGAAGCUGCCAGUGCAGGUCAUGUGGAAGUUGCAAGAGUUCUUCUGGAUCAUGGGGCAGGCAUCAACACUCAUUCUAAUGAAUUCAAAGAAAGUGCUCUUACCCUUGCAUGCUACAAAGGCCAUUUGGAUAUGGUUCGCUUUCUACUUGAUGCUGGUGCAGAUCAAGAGCACAAAACAGAUGAGAUGCACACUGCCUUAAUGGAGGCUUGCAUGGAUGGACACGUAGAGGUAGCACGUUUGCUUUUGGAUAGUGGUGCUCAAGUGAACAUGCCUGCAGAUUCAUUCGAGUCUCCGUUAACGCUAGCUGCCUGUGGAGGACACGUUGAAUUGGCAGCUCUACUUAUUGAAAGGGGGGCAAAUCUAGAAGAAGUUAAUGAUGAAGGAUAUACUCCCUUGAUGGAAGCUGCUCGGGAAGGACAUGAAGAGAUGGUAGCACUACUCUUAGCGCAAGGAGCAAAUAUAAAUGCCCAGACAGAAGAAACCCAAGAAACUGCUCUGACCUUGGCUUGCUGUGGAGGAUUUUCUGAAGUUGCAGACUUCUUGAUUAAGGCAGGGGCUGAUAUAGAACUCGGCUGCUCCACACCUCUGAUGGAGGCUUCACAGGAGGGACACCUCGAGUUGGUUAAAUAUUUAUUGGCUGCUGGUGCUAAUGUUCAUGCUACAACAGCAACAGGAGACACAGCCUUAACCUAUGCUUGCGAAAAUGGACAUACGGAUGUUGCAGAUGUUUUACUUCAAGCAGGGGCCGAUUUAGAACACGAAUCUGAGGGUGGAAGAACACCUUUGAUGAAAGCUGCAAGAGCUGGUCAUUUGUGCACCGUGCAGUUUCUUAUUAGCAAAGGUGCCAAUGUGAAUAGGGCUACAGCCAAUAAUGAUCAUACGGUAGUGUCACUGGCAUGUGCAGGAGGUCACCUGGCAGUUGUUGAGCUACUCUUGGCUCAUGGAGCUGACCCUACUCAUCGACUCAAGGAUGGCUCGACGAUGCUCAUCGAAGCUGCAAAAGGUGGCCAUACUAAUGUUGUUUCUUAUCUGUUGGAUUAUCCAAACAAUGUUCUGUCAGUUCCUACUACAGAUGUGUCUCAGCUCACCUCACCUUCUCAAGAUCAAUCUCAGGUUCCACGUGUACCAAUGCAUACACUCGCCAUGGUUGUACCUCCCCAAGAACCUGACAGAACAUCACAGGAGAACUCUCCUGCCCUUUUAGGAGUACAAAAAGGUACAUCCAAGCAGAAGUCCAGUUCCCUGCAGGUAGCAGAUCAGGACGUACUGCCACCUUUUCACCCAUACCAGCCUUUGGAGUGCAUAGUAGAGGAGACUGAAGGCAAGCUGAAUGAACUGGGACAAAGAAUUAGUGCUAUUGAAAAAGCACAGCUUAAGUCACUGGAGUUAAUUCAAGGUGAACCUCUGAACAAAGAUAAGAUAGAAGAACUUAAAAAGAACAGAGAAGAGCAAGUCCAGAAGAAGAAGAAAAUACUGAAAGAACUACAGAAAGUGGAAAGGCAGUUGCAGAUGAAAACACAGCAGCAAUUUACCAAAGAAUACUUGGAAACCAAAGGUCAGAAAGACACAGUAUCUCUACACCAGCAGUGCUCUCAUAGAGGAGUCUUCCCAGAAGGGGAAGGAGAUGGUAGUCUCCCAGAGGAUCACUUUUCAGAGUUACCUCAGGUUGACACAAUCUUAUUUAAAGAUAAUGAUGUUGAUGAUGAGCAGCAGUCUCCACCAUCGGCAGAACAAAUUGAUUUUGUCCCAGUCCAGCCUUUAUCAUCUCCACAGUGUAACUUUUCCAGUGACUUAGGUUCUAAUGGGACAAAUUCUGUUGAACUUCAGAAAGUAUCAGGUAAUCAUCAGAUUAUAGGACAGCCUCAGAUUGCUAUUACUGGACAUGAUCAGGGGCUGUUAGUUCAAGAACCAGAUGGACUAAUGGUUGCAACUCCAGCCCAGACGCUUACCGACACUCUUGAUGACCUGAUAGCAGCUGUGAGUAGCAGAGUGCCCAGUGGUUCAAACAGUUCCUCUCAGACCACGGAAUGUCUUACACCUGAACCCUGUUCACAGUCUCCAAGCAAUGUGGCUUCCCAGUCUAUGCCCCCUGUGUACCCUUCAGUUGACAUUGAUGCACAUACUGAGAGCAAUCAUGACACAGCAUUAACAUUAGCUUGUGCGGGUGGUCACGAAGAACUUGUGUCUGUACUCAUUGCGCGAGAUGCUAAAAUUGAGCACAGAGACAAAAAAGGUUUCACACCACUGAUCCUGGCAGCAACAGCAGGGCAUGUUGGAGUUGUUGAAAUCCUUUUGGAUAAAGGUGGCGAUAUAGAAGCACAAUCUGAACGCACUAAGGAUACUCCACUUUCAUUAGCAUGUUCUGGUGGACGUCAGGAGGUGGUAGACUUGCUGCUGGCUCGAGGUGCAAAUAAAGAACAUAGGAAUGUGUCUGAUUAUACACCAUUGAGUCUAGCUGCAUCUGGAGGAUAUGUUAAUAUAAUUAAGAUUCUGCUUAAUGCUGGGGCAGAGAUUAAUUCAAGGACUGGGAGUAAACUAGGUAUUUCUCCCCUGAUGUUGGCUGCCAUGAAUGGACACGUUCCUGCAGUGAAACUGCUGCUUGAUAUGGGUUCAGACAUUAAUGCCCAAAUAGAGACCAAUCGGAACACAGCUCUCACUUUGGCAUGUUUCCAAGGCCGAGCAGAAGUUGUGAGUUUGCUUCUGGACCGAAAAGCCAAUGUUGAACAUAGGGCAAAGACUGGUCUGACCCCCUUGAUGGAAGCUGCUUCUGGAGGAUAUGCAGAGGUUGGAAGAGUUCUCCUUGAUAAAGGAGCAGAUGUCAAUGCCCCCCCUGUGCCUUCCUCAAGAGAUACUGCUUUAACAAUAGCAGCCGACAAAGGUCACUACAAAUUUUGUGAGCUCCUGAUUAAUAGGGGAGCCCAUAUUGAUGUUCGAAACAAGAAGGGAAACACACCACUUUGGUUGGCAUCCAAUGGUGGUCAUUUUGAUGUGGUACAAUUGCUAGUGCAAGCAGGUGCUGAUGUGGAUGCAGCAGAUAACCGGAAAAUCACACCUCUUAUGUCAGCAUUUCGCAAGGGUCAUGUAAAAGUUGUUCAGUAUUUGGUGAAGGAAGUCAAUCAGUUCCCUUCUGAUAUAGAAUGCAUGAGAUACAUAGCAACAAUUACAGAUAAGGAACUCUUGAAAAAAUGUCACCAAUGUGUUGAGACAAUUGUGAAGGCUAAAGACCAGCAGGCUGCAGAAGCAAAUAAGAAUGCAAGUAUUCUUUUGAAGGAACUUGAUCUGGAAAAGUCAAGAGAGGAGAGCAGAAAGCAGGCCCUUGCAGCUAAAAGAGAGAAAAGAAAAGAAAAGAGAAAGAAGAAAAAAGAGGAGCAGAAAAGAAAGCAGGAAGAAGAUGAGGAAAACAAAUCUAAGGAGAAUUCAGAACUACCAGAGGAUGAAGAUGAAGAGGAGAAUGAUGAAGAUGUGGAGCAAGAAGUUCCCAUAGAACCUCCUAGUGCAACAACCACCACCACAAUUGGAAUCUCUGCAACAUCUGCAACAUUUACAAAUGUGUUUGGAAAAAAAAGGGCCAACGUGGUGACAACCCCUAGCACCAAUCGGAAAAAUAAGAAGAACAAAACAAAGGAGACCCCUCCCACUGCACAUUUAAUACUACCAGAACAACAUAUAUCCUUAGCACAGCAAAAAGCUGAUAAAAAUAAAAUAAACGGAGAACCCAGAGGUGGUGGUACUGGUGGGAAUAGUGACUCGGAUAACUUGGACAGCACAGACUGCAACAGUGAGAGUAGCAGUGGUGGUAAAAGCCAAGAGUUAAACUUCACUAUGGAUGUGAAUUCCUCUAGUGAUAGGAGAUACCCCUCACUGCUGCUCCAUUCCCAAGAAGAAAAGACAAGUACUGCUACUUCCAAAACUCAAACACGACUUGAAGGUGAAACGAAUUCUAAUUCCUUAUCAACAAGCUAUAAGUCAGUGCCAUUGCCAUUAAGUUCUCCAAACAUAAAGCUGAAUCUAACUAGCCCCAAAAGGGGACAGAAAAGAGAAGAAGGGUGGAAAGAAGUUGUACGAAGGUCAAAGAAAUUGUCUGUUCCAGCUUCCGUGGUUUCCAGGAUAAUGGGAAGAGGAGGAUGCAACAUCACUGCAAUACAAGAUGUCACGGGCGCCCAUAUUGAUGUGGAUAAACAAAAAGAUAAGAAUGGCGAGAGAAUGAUCACAAUAAGGGGUGGUACAGAAUCAACAAGAUACGCAGUUCAACUUAUCAAUGCACUUAUUCAAGAUCCUGCUAAGGAACUGGAAGACUUGAUUCCUAAAAAUCAUAUCAGAACACCUGCCAGCACCAAAUCCAUCCAUGCAAACUUCUCCUCUGGAGUAGGCACCACAGCAUCUUCCAGUAAAAAUGCAUUUCCUUUGGGUGCUCCGACUCUUGUAACUUCACAGGCGACAACAUUAUCUACGUUCCAGCCAACUAAUAAACUUAACAAGAACGUUCCAGCAAAUGUACGUUCUUCUUUCCCAGUUUCUCUACCCUUAGCUUACCCCCACCCUCAUUUUGCCCUGCUGGCUGCUCAAACUAUGCAACAGAUUCGGCAUCCUCGCUUACCCAUGGCCCAGUUUGGAGGAACCUUUUCACCCUCUCCUAACACUUGGGGACCAUUCCCAGUGAGACCUGUGAAUCCUGGCAACACAAAUAGCUCUCCAAAGCAUAAUAAUGCAGGCCGUCUACCUAACCAGAAUGGGACUGUCUUAGCCUCAGAGUCUGCUGGACUAGCUACUGCCAGUUGUCCUAUCACUGUCUCUUCUGUAGUGGCUGCCAGUCAGCAGCUGUGUGUGACUAAUACCCGGACUCCUUCGUCAGUCAGAAAGCAGUUGUUUGCCUGUGUGCCUAAGACGAGUCCUCCAGCAACAGUGAUUUCUUCUGUGACCAGCGCUUGUAGUCCCCUGCCUUCUGUUUCCUCUGCACCUAUCCCCAGCGGGCAAGUGCCCACCACAUUUCUGCCCGCGAGUACUCCUCAAGCCCAGCUUUCUUCUCAAAAGAUGGAGUCUUUCUCUGCCAUGCCACCCCCCAAAGAGAAAGUGUCCGCACAGGAGCAGGCCCUGGCCAACCUGUGCACCCCUUCUUCAACUGCAAAUAGUUGCAGUAGCUCUGCCAGCAACACCCCAGGAGCUCCAGAAACUCACCCAUCCAGUAGUCCCGCUCCUCCCUCCGGUAGCACCCAGGAGGAGGUGCAGCCAUCCAGUGUAUCUGAUUUAAGUCCUAUGUCAAUGCCUUUUGCAUCUAACUCCGAACCUGCUCCAUUGACUCUGGCAUCACCCAGAUUGGUUGCUGCUGAUAAUCAGGACACCAGUAAUUUACCUCAAUUAGCUGUACCAGCACCUCGAGUUUCUCAUCGAAUGCAGCCCAGAGGUUCUUUUUACUCAGUGGUACCCAAUGCAACUAUACACCAGGAUGCCCAGUCUAUUUUUGUUACAAAUCCAGUUCCUUUAACACCACCUCAAGGCCCACCAGCUGCAGUGCAGCUUUCUUCAGCCGUGAACAUUAUGAAUGGUUCUCAGAUGCACAUUAACCCAGCAAAUAAAUCUUUGCCACCUACAUUCGGCCCAGCCACACUUUUCAAUCACUUCAGUAGUCUUUUUGAUAGCAGUCAGGUGCCAGCUAACCAGGGUUGGGGAGAUGGUCCACUGUCCUCACGAGUUGCUGCAGAUGCCUCUUUCACUGUUCAGUCAGCGUUCCUGGGUAACUCUGUACUUGGACACUUGGAAAACGUGCACCCUGACAACUCCAAGGCACCUGGCUUCAGACCACCUUCCCAGCGAGUUUCUACUAGUCCAGUUGGUUUACCAUCCAUUGACCCAUCAGGCAGCUCCCCAUCUUCCUCUUCUGCUCCUCUGACAAGUUUUUCCGGCAUACCAGGAACACGGGUUUUCCUGCAAGGGCCAGCUCCUGUUGGGACUCCGAGUUUCAACAGACAACAUUUUUCCCCCCAUCCUUGGACAAGCGCCUCAAACUCAUCCACCUCUGCACCACCAACUUUGGGCCAACCAAAAGGAGGCAGCGCCAGUCAGGAUCGGAAGAUACCUCCCCCCAUUGGAACAGAGAGGCUAGCUCGGAUUCGGCAAGGAGGGUCUGUCGCCCAAGCCCCUGUGGGGACCAGUUUUGUCGCUCCCGUUGGACACAGUGGAAUCUGGUCGUUUGGAGUCAACGCUAUGUCAGAAGGCUUAUCAGGUUGGUCACAGUCUGUGAUAGGGAACCAUCCAAUGCAUCAACAAUUGUCAGACCCAAGCACAUUCUCCCAGCAUCAACCAAUGGAGAGAGAUGAUUCUGGAAUGGUAGCCCCCUCUAACAUUUUUCAUCAACCUAUGGCAAGCAGUUUUCUGGAUUUUUCUAAAGGUCUGCCAAUUUCCAUGUAUGGAGGCACCAUAAUACCCUCUCAUCCUCAGCUUGCUGAUGUUCCAGGUGGACCUCUGUUUAAUGGACUUCACAACCCAGAUCCUGCUUGGAACCCUAUGAUAAAAGUUAUUCAAAAUUCUACUGAAUGCACUGACGCCCAGCAGAUUUGGCCUGGCACGUGGGCUCCUCAUAUUGGAAACAUGCAUCUCAAAUAUGUCAACUAAGUUAGAAGGUCUUAUUCUUUAGCCUUGUUUGAGAAACCUAUGACCUUGGAAGAACCCUGGGGAUUUUUUUUUUUUUUUAAUGUGCCUAACUAAGAAAUUUUCUCUGAGGCGUUAGCAAUGGAAAUUUGAUUGCCCAUUGUAUAAGAACAAAGUGAUUUCCUCUCCACCUGAUUAUGUUCUCUGGUUAGUUUAGCCAUUUUGAACUUAGUGCUUUUGGCUAAACAUACUGAAUGCUACUUGUAUGCAGAAGAGAAUUAGAUGAUUACAUGUUUCAACCUUUUAGGGUGGAAAAUACAUGUACAAUUGUUUACAUACUUAAAAGGAAAAAGUUGAGUAAAUUUCUUGUCAUAUAGUGGCUCUACUUAAUGUAGCCUGUAUUAAUGUGAAAUAUUUACCAGAAUAUUCAAUAAAAAGAUGA